AUGGAUGUCCUGGCAUUAGAGGCGAAGGGGGUCAAGAGUGACGCUCCACCGCCUUCCAGCUCUAAGCCCAGACCUAAAGCACCCAAAAAACCUAAACGAAUCGUUUACUUCGAGGUGGAGAUUGUAGAUGCCAAAACAAAGGAGAAGCUGCUGCUCCUGGAUAAGGUUGAACCAUCUGCUACUAUUUUGGACAUAAAGUCAAUGUUCCACAAAUCAAAUCAGAGCUGGUAUCCAGCCAGACAGUCGCUGUGCCUGGACCCGAAGGGAAAGCCUUUGAAGGAUGAAGACGUCCUUCAGCAGCUUCCUGUGGGAACCACGGCUACCUUCUACUUCAGGGACCUGGGAGCCCAGAUCAGCUGGGGGACGGUGUUCCUGGCUGAAUGCGUCGGACCGCUCUUCAUCUACCUGAUGUUCUAUUUCAGACUGCCCUUCAUCUACGCCCCCAAGUAUGACUUCACAACUAGCAAACACUGGGUCGUGCAUAUAGCCUGUCUAUGUCACUCCUUCCAUUACGCCAAGAGGAUUCUGGAAACGUUGUUCGUGCAUCGCUUCUGCCAUGGCACCAUGCCGCUGCGCAACAUUUUCAAGAAUUGUUUGUAUUACUGGUUCUUUGCAGCCUGGAUGGCCUACUACAUAAACCAUCCGCUCUACACACCACCAUAUUACGGUGAGCAGCAAGUGAAGACGGCACUUGGGAUUUUUCUGUUUUGCCAGUUGGGGAACUUCUCGAUCCACGUCGUUCUGCGCAAUCUCAAACCUCCUGGUUCGAAGAUGAAGAAGAUCCCAUAUCCAACCAAGAAUCCUUUCACGUGGAUCUUCACAGUGGUUUCUUGCCCAAAUUACACCUAUGAGGCAGGCUCCUGGCUGGGCUUCACUGUGAUGACUCAGUGCGUUCCUGUCGCCUUCUUCACCGUCAUCGGCUUUGUGCAAAUGACCGUGUGGGCGAGAGGCAAACACCGCGGCUACCUGAAAGAGUUUAAGGAGUACCCAACCCUGCGUUCACCCAUUCUGCCCUUCAUCCUCUAGCCUUAAUGCACACACAUGCGUAUAUUUAUAUCUAUCUAAUAUAUAUAUA